GUGACCCUGCUUAUACUAACAGAUUACCCUGGUGAAGGUGAGGUAGCCUGCUUUCCUCUCUAUUUCCUCCUUCUGUCACUUCAUCCAUCCUUUUGUCAGGACAUCUCAUCCCUCAUGGUUGGGCUGAAGUCUCUCCCGUCUGUGGCUUCCUAUUCUGAGCCAGGACACCCGAUCAGUUCAACCUGUACAGAGACAAUCAUUUCUUAUUAUCUCCCAUCCAGAGGAGCCCUGUUCAUUUCAACCUUUCCUUCUGGAUUCUUUGACCUGAAGGCGCACACAUCUGACCUGCCAAUGCAGAGCAGGUUUGCUGUUUUUUCCAUGCUGGUGUUUGUGAAGCUCAGCUGAUUUAGUAUACGACCAAGCUGUUCUCUCAGUUCUACCAGCAAAAGUGGUCAAAAAGCACACCAACAACCCUGGACAUGCUGGGAGACUAGCUAAUCCAUUUUAGACAUUAUAUCUCUUCAAGGUGGCUUCUGUGUGAGUUUUGGGGUGAGGGGCCCUGAAACCUCUUGCUCAGCUCCAUGGCUGGAAGACAGCGCAUGUUCAUCCUCCCCUCCCUUUCUCUUACAUUCCUUUAUCUCUGUUUCUUCAUUCCUGCACGUUUCUGUGGUCCUUCCCGGGCCCCUCUCCUUGCGGGCCAGCCCUUCCUGGUGCUUUGGGGGGUUCCAGAUAAAGACUGUUUGGGCCGGCCAAACCCAGCUGCAUUUGGGAUGGAGUGGGAAGGUCGUGUGGCAAUAUUUUAUGAAGACACGCUCGGACUUUAUCCAUAUUUCACUGUGCAGGAUCGUCCUGUCAACGGAGGCCUACCACAACACACCAGCCUUGACCUUCACCUCCAGAGGGUGGAGGGGGACCUGACUGUCUCAUUACCCCAGGCAGGAGCACCUGGGCUGGGGAUUCUGCGCUGGCAGGAGUGGGCACCUCAGUGGAACAGGAACAGAGAAAAUAAAGCAAAGUACCUUGUUGAGUCGAGAGCUCUUCUCCGAGGAUUUUUUCCAGAUUGGAGUGUAGAGGAAGUGGAGAAAUGGUCUCAGGUUGACUUUGAGGCAGCAGCACAGUCCAUAAUGAUGGAAACCCUGCGGGAGGUGAAGAGGCUCCGCCCACAGAGAUUAUGGGGCAUGGCUCCAUAUCCUAACUGCUAUAACUUUGACCCCACCCAGAUGGCAUUAGCCAACUACACAGGCCGGUGUCCUGCGGCGGAAAUGGCCCUUAAUGAUGAGCUGAUGUGGCUGUGGAAGCGAAGCGGAGCCCUGUAUCCCGUCCUCUCACUGGAGAAGCUGCCAGAGGGCACCAAAGGGGCGUGGCUUUAUUCAACCAAUCAGAUCAGAGAAGCUUUGAGAGUGGCAGCUCUUGCGGGGACUACAUCUGAUCUUCCUGUGUUUCCGAUGAUCAAAAUCGUUUACACUUCUUCCAACUCCUUCCUCUCAGAGGCUGACCUGGUGAAUACAAUUGGAGAGAGUGCUGCUAUGGGAGCAUCUGGAGUCAUUAUAUGGGAAAAAUCAUUAGCAGUUAAAACACAGAAAUCCUGCUCAGAGUUUGGCUCAUAUGUUCGUCAGGUUCUCGGCCCUUACUCGGUCAAUGUGACCACAGCAGCACGUCUCUGCGGGGUCUCUCUGUGCCAAGGCCGCGGACGAUGUGUGCGCAAGAAACCCGAGGACCCCACAUACCUGCAUCUUCCCUCAGCUCACUUUAUGCUGAUCCCAAAUGGGGCAGAAGGUGUGCGGGCCACCGGCGAGCUUCCCACAGCUUACAUUGACCUCUGGAAGAAGGACUUCCGGUGCCAGUGGUUCGAGGCGCUGGAGGGUGCAGCAGCAGAUCAAGAAUCAGGAGCAGUGCUGGAAAACAGAAGGAAAGCAACAUCAGCGACAACAACAACAGUAAAGCCAGUGGUUGGCUCGAGCCAGAGUCAGAGUACAGUGGGUGCAGUGGUACCAGUGGCAGCAGUGCCUACCAAACAGCCAGUGGAAGGUGGAAGCUCAGCCCUUAAAACUCCCGUCGUCCUCCUCUUUUCGCUGGCUCUCUUCAGCUUCGUUGUGUAGGGAGAUAAAGUAUGACGGGACAUUUGGGAACUCCAGUUGGCCUUGAUUUUGAAGGAAUAUCUUCAAGAGAGUUUUGUGAAUUGGUGUCUUACAUGGGUUUCAACUAACUUAAAAUAACUGGCUGAAUGAACAGAUCUGAUCUGAAUCACUUGCACUUUGAAAAUAACGUCUCACCUUUUUAUCUAAAUAUAAGAUUACACUGAAUGGUUUGUGAAGCAAAUAUAGUUACUUUCUCAAAUGUUCAAUUUAAAACAAUAGGCUCAUCCCAACAGACUAGCUAAGUGCCCAAUGCAUUUUAUACUGAUGAAAAGAGAUUAUGUUGUUUCUGCUUUUGAUCCCAAAAGGACAGUAAAAAUGUUUUUGAAAAAUGUGUUUUCUAUCAGUGCAUCAGCCAAAAGCUGCAUUUAUUUGACCAAAAUAGCCAAAAGGAAAAUGUUGUGCAAUUUAUAACAAUAAAUGCUAUUGUUUUCAAUAUGAA